AUGGGUAUUCCUGGGCUCAUCAAUGCAAUUGGCCCAGGAGAGCGUAUCUCUCUGGCAAAGUUGGCAGUAACGCAUCUGGAACGAACAGCAAGGCCGAUUCGCAUUGCAGUUGACAUUUCGAUCUGGCUCUUUCAAGUCCAAGCAGGUCGGGGCGGAAGAAACCCAGAGUUACGUACACUAUUUUACCGAUUAUUAAAGUUACUUGCAUUACCAGUUCACCCGCUUUUCGUCUAUGAUGGGCGGCAAAAACCUGCUUUCAAGAGAGGUAAAGCAGUCUCAUCCCGCAGUUAUGGCAGUGCGCCGAUUAUCAAGCGCUCCAAGGAUUUGAUCGAACGGUUCAAAUUUCCGUGGCACGAGGCACCCGGGGAAGCAGAAGCUGAAUGCGCACGGUUACAGCAGGCAGGCAUUGUGGACGCUGUCAUGAGCAACGAUGUCGAUGCAUUGAUGUUCGGAUCGUCUUUUACCAUUAUGAAUUUUUCGAAAGAGAGUGGAAGCGGCAGCUCUUCUGCAACUCAUGUCACAUGUUAUGCAAUGGGACAGGAUGGACAUCCCUCAAACAUACCGCUUGACCGACCGGGGAUGAUUCUAUUCGCUAUGCUCAGUGGAGGGGACUAUCUACCAUCUGGUGUUCCGAAAUGUGGCAGCAAGCUUGCCGCGGAGAUUGCCAAAGCUGGAUUCGGGGAGGAUCUUCUGCAGAAGCUUGCGUCACAAAAAGACGUGGAUACAAGGUUGAACGAGUGGAGAGAAAGACUUCAAUAUGAACUUGAGGAGAACGAGAGUGGCUAUUUCACAAGGAAACACCCAGCAGUUCGAAUUCCAGCUGCUUUUCCCGAUCGAACAAUUCUCGAGUACUAUGCCCAGCCCAAAGUUUCCAGCGACGAAGAAAUGACCUUCCUGAGAAAUCGUCUCGCACAGGCGUGGGAUAAUGAUAUCGACCCCCUGGCAAUUCGGACAUUCACUGCAGACAACUUCGAAUGGAAUUAUCGAUCGGGGGCAAGGAAAUUGAUCAGGCUGCUGGCCGAGCCUCUCAUCUCGUACAGACUCCGUCUGCAAAGACCAGUUCUAGGCGUGUCGCCUGGUUUUUCAUUUGUGCCGGAUUGCCCGCCUGGUCUGCAGAAGGUGUAUCGAUGCCGGUCAAGCUUCGGCACUGAUGCAGUCCCAGAGAUUCAGCUAGAUAUGCUGCCGGCAGAUGUUGUUGGGCUGGAUCUUCUUGCCGAAGAACCAAACCCACCGUCCCCAUCCCAAACCAGUGUGCAGGAAGGCGAGGAAGAGGACGACCCAGACGUAGUUGUUGGAUCACCACCUCCGACACCAUCAAAGCUUCGAGUCACAAAACGGUUUGAUCCGUUUUCUCUCGAAAAGAUCUGGGUAUUCGAAACUGUCGCAAAGAUAGGUAUUCCUGGAGUCGUUAAAACUUGGGAGAAAGAACAGGCCGAAAAAGCCGCGAAAGCUGAAGAAGCUGCGGCGAAGAAGAAAGCCGGUACUCGACGCACCGGUCCCAAGAAAAAGGGACCUAUUGAUGCUGGAAUGAAACGGGGGAGUAUCUUGAAGUACGGGACUCUCACGAAAGAAAAGUCUGACUUGUCCACGACUAAACAAGCGCACUUGUUGGAAGCUGGUACUUCAAGUCAGAAUCCUCUUUCCCGGCUUGUCGCCGGCUCUGGGUCUUCUUCGCCAAUAAUGUUGGAUCAGGACGACGACCCUUUCUCCUCUCCGAGCAUGUAUAUUCAGCAGAGAUACCCAUUGACGAUACGCUACGUUUCUCGUGAAGUCAAUGGUAUCCUUGAUUCAUUCUCUUCAAUGUGUUCUCUGUCUUCCUCUGCAAAUAUCAAGCGUCACCCCAUGUCAGAUCAAUCCCGCAUUAGAUCAAGGCGCACAGCUUUGGGGACUGGCCGAGUUGAUAUCGAAGAAUCAGAUACACUCGACAUGAACACCGGACAUUCUCCGUCUCGACCAGCAGGGUGCAUGGGGCUCAAAAUCAGCUACUCGGUCUCCGACGGUUGUGAAUCUGAGACGUUACUGAAGGACUCUCCAGCCAGGACCCUGGAAGCACGGCCUUCUCCACCCAAGAAGACUCUAUCCAAGUCAAAGAAGGUCCCCAAGGUACACUAUGAGGAAAAGGCCGAGGUUGAACACAUCGAAAAAGCUAUCGAGUCCCUUUCUCUGUCGUCGAGGAUCGACGAGAGCCAAGUUGAAAAAACCGCAGCUCGCCCUUUGCGCCUACCCCCAACAAAGAAGGCACCACAAGCAAAAAAAGCUCGGACUCGUCCCUCCAAGGCCGAAGAUGUCGAACCAUCCCGAGCUCGCAUUCAAACAAGUUCCAAACCCGAACUCGAGCGAGAGCAUACAUUGCCAUUGGGGUUGAGAACAUGUGAAACCAAUGAGGCCAGCGACGUGAAUAGAUCUCCCAAGAAGCCCGUAAAGAAGACUACGAGCGCAGGUUCACAACACAAGACCACAGGGCACCUGGAAAAUGUUAUAUUGCACGACGGCUUUUGGUCGAUCGACCAAUCUCCGCCUAAACAAGAUCCAUGCGAAGGCUCAACUGCUGAUAUCCUGAGCACCGCGCCCAGACAAACCCAAAAUACCAAGAAGAAAAGAAUCCCACGCGUCAGCAUUCUUGAUCUCGUUGAUUAA